AUGCGGUCUGUCAUCGCCAUCUCGCUGCUCACUGCCAGUGUCCUUGCCUCUCCCAUCGAGGAGCGCCAGGCGGCUCGGGGACAGUUUAGCUUCUACCCAAUCCCGACACCUCUCUCCGGAAUCUGUGAUCUUGCUGAAGGACACGAUAAGGCGAUUUGGUUUGAAGACAUUCUCGUCAACAGAAUUGGUCGUCUCGAUCCUAGGACUGGUGUCGUGACCGACUACCCGAUUCCUUUCUCUACGCCCAUCUCGAACGUCACGCUUGGUCCGAUCCCAGGCCCAGCACAGCAGAUUCUUGAUCGGACUGCUUUCUCUUGCGCCAUUCGUCCAGGCGCUGAUGGCUAUCUGUAUGCUACCAACGGUGUUCGAAACCAGCUUGUCCAGAUCAAUGAGACGACCAAGGAAAUCAAGUUGUUCGGCCCGGUUGAUCCCACUGGCAACUUGUUCCCUUUUAACGAUUUGUACACGGCGGAUAAUGGCCUCUAUUUGACGCAGACGACUGGUAACACUUUUGAGUUCUUCUCCUUCAAGGAUCACACCUUCACCACUUAUCACGUCCCAACGCCACUGGCUCUGCCUCUUGGUGUUUACGUGGCCACUGAUAAGAAGGUCUACAUCCCUGAGCUUGUUGGCAACAAGAUCUUGGUGAAUAUCGGCGACUGGGUCUACUUCUCCCUCUUCGAAGGUGACGGCACCGGCCGUAUCAACAUUAAGACCCACAAGGUCGAAGUCUACCACACCAACCAACUUGGCGGCCUUGGGGGUGUCACUGCCAACCCGACCCGAGCUGGAAAUGUCCCAGGAACUUUCUUCGACGCGAAUGUCAUCUCGCUGUUGAACAGCAGAACGUUGAAGUUUUCGUAUAUUCCGUUCCCGGAUACUUUUGCAGAGUUCAUUCGUGGUGGUGGUGUCUUGGCCGACCUUCCUCCUUAUGUCGACAUCUCUGCGCAAUACCGACCCGAGGACAACAGCAUCUACUUUGGCAGCAUUUUGAGGAACGCUGUUGGCAAGUAUAAGCUUGCAUCGGGAGAGUAA